CUACAAGAACAGCAACAGCGGCAAGCGGUUUCUCUACCACGGUAGGGAACUACGGCUGUCAAGAUGCGUUCAACACAAUCGGGACGUAUAGUCAAGUCCCGAAGAGGAAAUACAGGAAUUCAGAAGAACCAUAGAUGGGAAUCUUUUACGACCAAAAUCUCCAAGCUCCAUUCCCUCGAUCCUCUUCGCAAAGUACGACGACAUGACCUCGAAACCGAAAGCCUCGAUACCACAACCUCUUAUUUUCGCAAUGGCAUGGAAAAGUGGGCAGAUACCAAUAUCUCCAGAGAGUUCACCUCUUUCCGACGAGAAGUUCGACCUUUCUGCGACAGUCUACCACAAAUCCUACACUUCGAGGACAAGAUCAUGGAAUUACUAGCCAAAUACAUUUCGGCGCACGAGGCAGAAUCGCUGGAACCUCUCCUAGACCUCCUUACAGCUUUAGCACAUGACCUUGGGACACGCUUCGAGAAGCAUUACCAAACCUCCUUAUCAUUGCUCACCGGAAUCGCGAGCAAACCCCAAGAUGCCGCGGUUAUUGAAUGGACCUUUGGUUGCUUGGCCUUUCUAUUUAAAUAUCUGUCGAAGCUCCUGAUCCCAGAUAUUCGACCGACAUUUGAUGCUCUAGCACCACUGCUGGGUAAAGCUCGGACUCCUCCGCACAUUGCCCGAUUCGCUGCUGAAGCAUUAAGUUUCUUGGUCAAGAAAGCAGCCGCACCUGCAAACCGAGAGAAAGCUCUGCUGCCGUUGGUUGAACAUGCAAGACAGGAUCUGGAAGCUAGUAGGGAGAAUAAACAGUUCGGAUUGUACCAUCACGGACUUAUGACCAUGUUUGCGGAAGCUAUCAAAGGUCAAGGGCGUGGCAUGCACACUAGUGGUCCCGAAAUCAUCAAGUCGCUAAUCGCGUCUGUCCCGGAUGAGGAAUGCAUUUCUUCAGAUCCCGUAACGUGGACUGACCUCGUCUGUGGCGUACUUGUUAGCAUUGUACAUCAUACGACAUCCGAAACGUUCGAGUCUGUUCCGAAAUCUAUAGUCGAAGUAGCUACCAACGAUUCACGGCGUGGCGAAUAUCCUUUACGCAAUUGCCUGUACGUCCGACUAUUAGGAACAAUAUGCGGCGUUCGAAAAGGUACCCGAAUUGCAGACUGGUCAACAAUACUAAGUUGUCUAUUAGAGUCUUUGAAGGCACUCAUGAAGGCCGAGAAUGACUUCGAAAAAAUCGAUUCAUCUGCCAUAUGGCAACAACUUAUGGUUAACAUUGCUAUUGUGUGGCAGCAAGCGCCGAUAGAUUCUAUCAUUCCAUAUAUCACUGAUUUCACGAAUAUAAUGACACGAGAGCCUUUGAUGAGAUGGUUUAUACCCUUCUGCUCAUAUUUUUCCGAUCUUGAUUCUACCAGGUUUCGCAGCCUUUUACUCAAACAAUUCCAAAAAUUUGUUGUGACACAUUGGUCUGAGAGUCCUAAUGAGGAGAUGCUGUGUAUUUUACUACCCCGAAUGGUAAAAUCGAAUGCACUUCCUUCAGCCACAGACGCCGACAGUUUUUCAUUGCCCCAAUCCUGGCAAGACCAAAUUGUCACCAAAUUCGAACGACUCGAAAUUUCCCCUUUUCCUGAGCAAGGAAAUUCAACUGGAUAUGAUAAAGAUCCCAAAACAUGGCGCGACAAAUGUUUACCCAAAUAUUCGGCUCUUCUCCACGUAUUAGAAGCUACGAGCGUGCGUCCUUCAACAAAUGGACCGAUCGCAGAGCUACUAUUAAGAAAAUUAAAACUGGCCCUGAAGCCCUCCCAGUCCUUGGCCAGCGAAGAGGCACAUUUCAUUGUUAGCCAAGGGUUUUCUGCAUACCUACGACUGAGCAAGGCUACUGGGCAGAUUGAUGGUUCCCUAGAGCCGUUGCUAAAAGCGGCAACCCCUCGCUAUCGGCUACUCACUGGGUUCUUAGAGUCAAUGAUUGCCUAUGAAGAACAACUCAGUCACAAGAAGAGCCCCCACUCACAGAGCGAGAGGAGUUCCAGCGAGGAAGAUGAAGACCCAUUCAUGAAGAGUCUCAUUGAAAAUCUAUGCAAUCCCUCGCAUCAGCACCGAUUAGCCUCCUUGAAAUUGCUCAAUCGACUUGAUACCGCUUCCGAUGAGUUAGAUUCACUGGCUACAAUGAUCCAGGCGGAGGAAACUCCAUUGGAGUUACAGAAUGUCCGGCUUCUUUCGCUCCAUAUUCGAAAGUUGGGAGCAAACUAUUCUCAACUCAGCAAGGACUCCUGGCUUCGGCGUGCGAUUCCUUCAUUCCUCUUUGGGCAAAUGACGGUACGCUUAACUCCAGUUUGGGAUACCGCGGUAGAAGCGCUACGACAAAUUAGUGAAGCGAAAUCCGGUGAAGAGGCCAUAUCUAACAUUGCAUUUGACUGGCUUGAUGUCCCCUCUAAGCGAUGGGAUGGGCCACCGAAGGAAGCCACUGGCUCAUCAAAUGCCGGUGCGACAGAUUUCGAAUGUCUAAAUCUAUCAAAGUUGUAUAGGCGAGCUCAAGAAGCGGAGCAUGUGCUGAAAUCCUCUUCCGAAAUUAUGCUAGAGAGUUUUGAGGAGAGCCAGACUCUCGUCCCUGUUACACCUCCUAACGCGAGGUCUCAAGCACUCAAAGUAUUUUCCGCUGCACCUAGCAUAGCAGAGAAACGAUCUCGGAAAUUAGUUCCCUAUUUACUAUCAUGGGCGAAAGAUUCCGAUGAGCAGGAUGAAGUGGGGCAACUCGACCAAUUAACUGGUGCAUCAUGGUCUCUCUUUGAUAAGAAAGCCCUCCUUGGAGUCUUCGCGCAAUUUACGAAUCCCAAAGUAUUGUACCAGAGCCACCAUGUAUAUGAUACCCUACUUGAGUUACUUGCCAAUGGUGAUAUAGAGGUUCAGAAAUCUUCCCUCAAGGCCAUCUUCACUUGGAAACAAGAAGGCGUCAAACCUUUUCAGGAGAAUCUAGAGUACCUUCUUGACGAAGCCCGGUUUAAGAACGAACUAACUGUCUUAUUCCAAGGCGAUCAACAGAUUCAGCCAGAACAGCGACCUGAAAUGAUGCCUGUGUUACUUAGGUUGCUCUAUGGAAGAACAAUUUCGAAGAAAGGUGCUGCUAGUGGACGUCAUGGUCUCCACGCAACUAGACUUGCUGUCUUGAGGCAGCUUAGUCUCGAAGAUAUGGGGGAAUUCCUUGACGUCGCUCUUGGCGACCUCCGUGGGGUUAGGGUUAUUGACGACACCCAAGUACGUGACGAUAUUGUUAACGACGAACUGCUCACUGUACGAAAACAAGUCGGCUUCCUCAAUAUGAUGGAGGCCAUGAUCAACGAAAUGGGGACUGGUGUUCUACCUUUCACCGAUAAGAUUCUCAAUGCGGUACUCUACUGUCUUGUAUUCUCUUCACGGCGUUUAAACCAGACCAGCGAGGAUACGGAAGAUAACGCAACUGCGCAGAGCUCUCUAUUGCGAGUUGUUAGAGGCACUUCACUAAAAUGCUUGGUUACACUUCUCCGGAAUGCCCCUGGCUUUGACUGGACUCCUUACAAAGAUACAUUCAUUAAAGAAGUCGUUAGCCCCCGUAUAGAUAAGCUUCCGUCCGAGACGACUCAAGGCGUAUCUGGUGUCCUUCAGUUCCUCUCCACGUUGUCGCAAAUCCCAAGAACCGCUUUCUUCCUCUCCGUCGAUAACCAGAUCAUUGAAAAAUUGAUGGAGUGCUUGAAACUAGAGAAGACCAAGGACGAGGUUCAGAUAUUUGCGUUAGGCAUCGUGCGCAGUCUAGCAGACCUCUCCCAACAACCGGCAGCGCAAUCCGAGUUCAAUGAACUAAUCCAAGAAGAAAUUUUGGAACCCAAUAUCAAUGUUAUCCUAGAAAGCAUUAGCGUCGUGCUCAAGUCUCAGGGUGACGUUGGAAGAGAUCUACUCAUGGCAUGUGUCGAGACAAUAGUAGAACUGUCUCCCAUCAUACAACAGUCAGUUCAUGUUACCGAUCUUGUUGAUAUUUCGGUUUCCCUCCUUAACCAGCCUUCCCGGCGCGUUAAUCCGAAAGCCAAGGGCCUUGUGCUCUCUAUGCUUAAAAACUUCAUUAGGCUGGCGGGAGACGAUCUUCAGACCGAAUUGAGAAAUCACAUUUAUUCAACAAUAUCGUCGCUAUAUGGCUUUUUCAGGGACAGAGUUAACCGACAAGCACUUUCGAAUGUGUUGGCCGUAUUAUACCCUAAUGACCCAUUAUUUCUUGAGCUGUCUACGCUCUGCGCUGAUAUCAAUUCCUAUGAUAGUAGCCGCAUCGAUGAGCCAGAUUAUGAGAAACGAUUGGCGGCUUUUAACACCAUUUCACAACCGAGAGACACGCCUUUCACGGCACGGGAUUGGGAACCUCUGAUAUAUAACAUGACUUUUUAUAUCAAACAUGAUGAGGAGUAUGGCAUAUUGUCUGCGAACUCGGCCGAUGGUCUGUGCAAGUUCAUCGAGGCAGCAGCAUGCUCAAAAGCUGAAGAACAAGUCAAAUUCUAUGAUAUGCUAUCCAAUAUUUUGAUGCCCGCCUUAUACUCUAACGCGCGAGAGCCAUCGGAGACAGUGAGACGAGAAACAGUGAGAGUGUUCGGAUUUUUAGUGUCGCGGAUGCCAUCCUGGUCUCCGAUCGCUGAUCUUGUGGCGAUCAACCCCAAACCAGACGAGGAGGACCCAGACCCGAGCUUCUUCAAUAACGUUCUUAGCCCCGCGACGGCGAGACAAAUGCGAGCUCUCCAGCUAUUGUCUAAAGCAAAUCACCACACGCCGCUGAACAGCAAAAACUUGACCCAUUUCUUCAUACCUCUUCUCGAGCACUUUAUCUUCGGUCGAGAGGAGGGAAGUGAUGAUCAUGGCGUUGGUGCCCAAGCAGCAACAACGAUUGCUGAUAUAGCCUCCUCUCUAGAGUGGCCUCAAUAUCGUGCCACAUUCCGCCGGUAUAUCGGCUACAUCGAGUCGAAGCCAGAACUUCAAAAGCAAUUGAUCAGACUUCUGGGCAAGUUCGUGGACACUCUUGCGACAGCAGCUUCAGAGAAAAAUCAAGAUGCAAUGGAUGUCGACUCUACAGCUCCGAUGGCGAAAUCCAAGUUGGCGACGACAAUGCCCGCACAUGAGAAAUUAAACGAAGACGUUCUGACCAACAUCCUGCCGCCUCUUCUAGAGUAUAUCCACGAGAAAGACGAAACCACAGUCAGCUCUCGUGUUCCUAUCGGUAUUAUCAUUGUGAAGAUUCUGAAGGUGCUUCCGGUAGAAUCGCUUAACCAGAAACUCCCUGGUGUGCUUACUGAUAUUUGCCACAUUCUACGAAGCAAGGCAUGGGAGUCUCGAGAGAUGGCGCGAAGCACGCUCUCAACCAUGACAUCCCUUCUAGGAUCGUCUUAUUUUGGGUUCGUUCUCAAUGAACUCCGAGGUGCUCUCGUUAGAGGAUAUCAACUCCACGUGUUAUCUUAUACGAUGCAUACAAUUCUAGUCAAUGUAAUUCCCCAAUUCAAGCCCGGGGACCUUGACUAUUGCCUUGAUAAGAUUGUUAGCGUUAUUAUGGACGAUAUUUUCGGCGUCGUGGGCCUGGAAAAAGAAGCAGAAGAGUACGUCAGCAAGAUGAAGGAAGUUAAGAGCAGUAAGAGUCAAGAUUCCAUGGAACUUAUCGCUCGAACCGCUUCUAUCAACCAUCUUGUUGAUCUUGUGCGGCCUCUUCAGUCACUCUUGCUUGAAAAGCUUGACCUGCGUAUGGUGCGAAAGAUUGAUGACUUGUUGUCUAGGAUCGCUUCCGGCUUAUUCGGGAACUCCGCUGCUGAUAGUCGAGAUACCUUAGUAUUCUGCUACGAGGUUAUCCAGGAAGUAUAUGAAAGCGAAAAGCCACGUGCAGAACUGAAAUUGGAUCCGAAAUUGAGGCGAUACCUCAUUCAAAAGGGCGCUAACAAGAGCGGCGACCGUAGCACAACCAGUAAAUACACAUACAAACUAGUGCGAUUUGCUGUUGAUGUGCUACGGUCCGUGCUGAAAAAAUACGACAACAUUCGCAAUGCCGUCAACAUUUCCGGAUUUAUACCGAUCCUUGGUGAUGCUCUAGUUGGAGGCGAAGAAGAAGUUAAGAUAGCGACUUUCAAGCUUCUAACUAUUCUCGUAAAGGUUCCAUUCAAGACCGACGAAUCCACGAAACUUUACAAGGUCGCGUCAAAGGAAGCCUCCAAAUGUAUGUCGACUUCUACGUCAACUGCAACGGACCUUGCCCAGAGCGCUUUGAAACUCAUGUCCGUCAUCAUCAGAGACCGUCGUGAUGUUGUGGUCAAAGAUGCUGCCGUCGACAUACUUCUCAAUAAGGUCAAAGACGAUUUAACAGAGCCUCUCUAUCGACAUGUCACAUUUAACUUCUUGCGAUCGAUACUUGAUCGCAAAGUUGAAACUGCUACGGUCUACGAUACUCUAGACUACGUGGGAGGCAUCAUGAUCACCAAUGACGACAAAGAUACACGGGAUCUAGCCCGGGGUGCCUUCUUCCAGUUCCUCCGCGAUUAUCCUCAGAAGAAAAACCGGUGGGCUAAACAACUUAGCUUUAUCGUCGCGAAUUUGAAGUACGAAAGGGAAGGAGGUCGUCUUUCGGUUAUGGAAGUUGUACAUCUUCUAUUGAUGAAGUCGGCUGAUGACUUUGUCCAGGAGGUUGCUACAACCUGCUUCAUUCCGCUAGUCUUCGUCUUGGUAAAUGAUGACAGCGAAAAAUGUCGCUUGGCUGCUGGUGAACUCAUCAAGGAAGUAUUCCGGAAAGCAGAUAAAGAACGAACCUCGAAAUUUUUAACGCUCAUGCGAUCCUGGACGGAGCAAGAUGACAAUCCUUCGGUGCUGCAAUUGGCGAUUCAAGCAUUUGCUCUUUACUUUGAGGCUCGGGAUCCUGCACCAAGGGACCGCAAAGACCUAGACCUCUUAUUAGAGACAGCAGCUAAUGUCUUGAACAAUUACUCGACUUUUGCAAAAGAUUCGGAGUUGAUCAACACAAUCCUCCAAAUGGUACCUAUAGUCAUAGAGAAGCACCCGUCAAUUACGCUGGCGCACGAACGAUUAUGGCAAUCUGUCUCAAUUCCUCUGACACAUCCGGACCCUAAUGUCAAACUCUCAAGUGUGCGUCUAUUGCGGAUUUAUUUGACCGAUUUCAAUGAGAAUAAUAAAGGUGCCAAUAACGCCCAGACCAUCCUCGGGUCGCACGGCCUUCAAUUACAGCAACAAAUGGUUGGUCAAUUAACACUUUAUGCUGUCGGUGUUCUUGGCCCCGCACCUAUCAAAAGAUGGAAAAAGAGAAUGCAAAGGAAGAAUAGUACGUCUCUUGAUGCGAUCAAUGAAGUGGUAUCUUCUCGAGAAAGCCCAGCGGACCUAGAUGAAACCUUGGCUACUGAAGUUAGUAGGAUCAUUUUGAUGCUCAGCAAGUUCCUGGAUGUUGGGUCAUCAGAUGAAGAAUCUGCCAGCAGCGAUGCGGAAGGUUCUGAAGAGGACGAAGAGGAAGAAUGGGGUGGCAUUGAUGCGGAAGAAGAGAACACGCAUAAAAUCACUCUUCAUACGCUAUUCGUGUGGCUUUCCGAAAUUCUGGUUGAGGAAACACGACCGAACGCCCGUGCGCUCAUACCUAAAGUGGCUGCAUUAGACAUUUUGUCGAUCCUUACUUCAACAUUACCCGACUCAGUAUUGCGCCCCUCUUUCAAUAUUCUCCUCACACCAUUACACCAUCUCACUAACCCCUCAAUUCCUACACCAUUUUCGCUCGACGAAGUCUUUAAGACGCGACAUGAGGGAAUAAAGACCAAAGCCGGCGAGGUCAUGGAUCUACUGCAGAAGAAAUUCGGUACUGCUGAAUAUACCAAAGAAUUACUCGCAGUGCGGGAGCGAGCUAGAAGUCGUCGUGAGAAUAGGUCUAAGAAGAGGAAGAUUGAAGCUGUUACACAGCCAGAGCGGUUCGGGAAGUGGAAGAAGGGCCGUCUUGAGAAGAAGGUUAAGAGGAGAAAGGAGAAGGGACAGCAGAAUAGGAACAGGAGGAGAGAGUACUAAGACAUGCGUAUCAUUAUCAAGAGAUAUUGAUCUCCAUUUUUGGCGUAUUUGGUUCAAAAUAGAGGAUGGGAAAAUACCCAAUUACCUAGGUAGCUAUACUAGCGUUAUAUAAAAAUGCUAGUCGUAAAAUGAUCAUUUAUUUUACUUAAUUUGAUU